AUGGCCUCCCCAGCCAAGCAGGAUGGCUCGCAGCUUGGGGAAAACGCACGUGGCCCUCGCGCGAGAAAAGACACGGCGAAGAGUGCAGGCAGACUGCGAAAGACUCCCAGACAUCAGAAGAAUCCUGCAAUCUUGGAGUCUCCAACGCGCCACGACCUGAUGAACCAACAAUUUCCAAGUAUUGGUUCACAGGCAGGUCAGAACUUGACACCUACGCUCGGCACACACAACGCCAUGGAGACGACAAAGGCAACCAAGGCCACGAAGGCUACAAAGGGAAUAAAGCCAGCGACGAUCAAGCGCCCCGCUGUUGGCCGAGGCCGAGGCCGUGGCCGUGCUAAAGCAUCCGCUCGAACGAAGGCAGAGUCUGAUAUCUCUGACGAGAGCCAACCUUCACCCAAGAUGCCCACCACAGGCGCAUCAACCCCUGCGCCAUCGAAUGCCCUGAACGCUAACUCGCAGUUUGCGUUUGGUAUGCACCCUAUGCAAAUGCGAUCGCAGUACGACCUCUCAACGUACAGCCGCGCUAAUGAUAUCAUGCCCGGCCAGAGCAAUGCCUUCGGCCACGGACCUUUGGCUAAUGGCACAUUUCAACAGCCUGCAUUCCAGAAUACCUUCCAAAACGCCCAGCCUACGUUCCAGAAUGGCCAGGCACAGUUCCAGCAUGGCGGCGGCAUUCCGAACUUCUCUUUCGGCUUCAACGGUAUGCCGGGUGCACAACAGGCGAACAUCUUUACCGGCAUCAAUCCUGGCGUUCAAGAUAUGAGUGGCAACCAUAUGGCAACGCUUCCCAAUACGUUCAUGAGUGGUGCUCUCCCGACAUUCAACGGCGUGCCUAGGGUGAACAACUCUAGCAUGAAGCCUGUUGCUCCUCCGCUGGACCUGAACAACUAUGCGUUUGCUCAAAUGGACAAUGACAUGGACGUUGGCAUGGACGGCAGUCUCAUUGGUCGUGCCCCUCUUUGGAAGCCUCCGAUGCCUCAGCAACCGAUUAUCCUGGAUGAUGGUUCGGUUUUCAACCCCUACGAUCACCGUGAUGCCAUACUGAGAGUUUUACACGAUUUCCUAGGUCACGCUGGCAACCCUCCCUAUCUUCGACUUGACCCAACGGGUCUGAGCCUUGACCAGAUGCAUGAGCGUCAGCAGAAGAUAGCCAUGGUCUGGCAGACAAUAUGUGGCGAUCUGCUCAUAGCCCAGGGACUCAAGUCUGUUGACUUUGUCAUGGUGCGCAAGCACCUCGCGCACCCACAGACAGAAGGUGAAGAAGCCAAUAGUUUCGACGCUACUUGGAAACCCUGCCCCAGCACGCCUGCUGGCUGGGCAUUUGUCAAGCUGGACGGCAAUAUCUAUGACCAUUCAGGCAAAACCCUCAUCGACAUGCAAGCCAUUUUCGAGCAGAACUUGCAACUCUACGGGGGCAAUCUCGAGGCUAUGCUGGCUAACGCAGUUAUCAGCAACGAUGCUCAAUGGGAGAACCUGGAUGAAGAAAUGGUCGAUCCUAACCUUUUGAAGCGUGAGCCUUCUGGUAGUAGCUCUGAAUCAUCCUGA